AUGUGGCCUGCUAAUCAGUCUUGGUGGUAUCAAUCAGCUGCCGCUGAUGGUGACGCUCGGCGAAUGCGUCCACUUCAAUUUUCAAACAAUCAUUUACCAGCUCAUGUUGAUCUUCGACCAUAUAUGACACCAGUUGAAGAUCAAGCUGAUAUGUCUACUUGUGCUGCUAAUGCCUUUGCCGGCGCAUGCGAAUAUAUUAUUAAACGACAAACCGGUAAACUUAUUGAUGUUUCACGUUUAUUUAUUUAUUAUAAUGGUCAAAUGAUUGAUCAACGAAGUCUUGAAGUCACUGAUGAUGGAGCUUCAAAACAGAAUACAGUUUUAGGAAUGCGAAAAUUCGGUAUAUGCGAAGAACGACUGUGGCCAUAUGAUGAAGAGUUACUUAAUAAAGAACCUCCACCAGAUGUGUAUGAUGCUGCAAGUCGUGUAACAGUUGUUCCACUUAAACUUCCAAGAAAUUUAGUUGCAAUGAAAACUUGUUUAGCUAAUCAAGUUCCUUUUCUCAUUGGUAUUAAAUUAUUAGGCAAGGCAACAGCUGAAGUGAAACGAAAUCAUGGAUAUAUAUCGAUGCCUGAUCCAUCCUCGUCUACUGUUGCUUCAACUGGUACGCAUGCCGUGUUAGUUGUUGGUUAUGAUGAUCGGACAGGACAUUUUAUUGUACGAAAUUCGUGGGGAAGAGAUUGGGGAAUCAAUGGUUAUUUUUAUAUUCCAUAUCAAUAUUUAAUAGAGAAGCGUCUUAUCAAUUAUUUAGAUGGUUUAUGGGCUAUAACUGAUAUCAUUCCACGUACCAAUCAUAAACCAACUGUACGUAGAUUAGUUGUACCUGGUCAUAAUUUUGAUGAACAAUAUAGAAAAGAUAAAAGACACAGUCAAAUGCUUGCAUUACAAAGAUCGAUGAUGACGAUGAAAUUAUAUCCCAAUCUACAGACUGCCUAUUAUCCAACAUUCAUGCCUAGAGUAAAUCGCAGUCGAAGUCUUUAUUGGCAUCGAUGA